UGGGGCAUCACCUCAUGCACCCCUGGUCUUCUUGCCUGGGGUUGGGUUGCAUUAAUCUUCAUUCUGUCCCCUGACACUUCAUUCACCAAAGAUGGAGUUGGCGCAAAGUCUUGUCUACCAUAUGCGGCAAUAUUCACAGCCUACAAACAGUUGUGGGUGACACUUUGGGAAGAGCCACGCAUUCUGUCAAUCCGCCGACAAAUUGAUUGCCAUGUCUGGCAGUCA